UGAAUGGGGACGACGUAAAUUCUUGUUUUGUUCCAAUCCAAUCAUUGAAGCAACAGGUUGUCCAGCAGCUUCUGCAGUUAAUCUCAGCAAUACAAAUACUCAAGAAAUAAAGUAAAAUGGUCAGCGCCAAGUUCCUAACGUUCAACAAUGGAGAGAAGAUGCCCGUAAUUGGCAUCGGCACCUGGCAGGCAUCCGAUGAGGAAAUUGAAACCGCCAUUGAUGCGGCUUUGGAAGCUGGUUAUCGUCACAUAGACACGGCGCCAGUCUACGGAAAUGAAAAAGCCAUCGGAAGGGUCCUCAAACGUUGGCUGGACGCCGGGAAGGUCAAGCGGGAGGAGCUGUUCAUUGUGACCAAGGUGCCACCUGUUUCCAACCGCCCCCACGAGGUGGAGCCGACCAUUAAAAAGUCGCUGGAGGAUCUGCAGCUGGAAUACGUGGACUUGUAUUUGGUGCACACUCCCUUUACCAUCCUUAUCAACGAGGAUGGCAGCUUUAAGGUUGGCGAGGAUGGCCUGAUGGAGGUCGACGUGACUACCAAUCACGCCGCCAUCUGGGUGGCUAUGGAGUCUCUGGUGGAGAAGGGUCUGACAAAAUCCAUCGGCGUUUCGAACUUCAGCAAGGAUCAGGUUGCUCGCCUGCUAAAGAACUGCAAGAUCCGGCCGGCCACAAACCAGAUCGAACACCAUGUUUAUCUGCAACAGCGUGAUCUGGUCGAUUUUUGCCAGUCCGAGAAAGUGACCGUAACCGCCUAUUCCCCCCUGGGAUCCAAGGGAAUCGCCAAGUUUAACGCAGGUGCCGGUAUCGUGAGAGAUCUGCCAGAUCUAAUGGACAUCCCAGAGGUCAAGGAGAUUGCCGCCGCCCAUGGCAAGACGCCAGCCCAGGUGCUGCUCCGUUGGAUAAUCGAUACUGGCGUGGCCGCCAUUCCCAAGAGCACGAAUCCGGAUCGCCUUAAGCAGAAUCUGGAUGUUUUUGACUUUGAACUGACGGCGGAGGAGGUGGCCAAGUUGUCCAGCUUGGAUAAGAACAUUCGCGUCUGUGACUUCGCUUUCUUCCAUGGUGUGGAAAAACAUCCGGAGUUCACCUUCAAGAAUCAGUACACCAACUAAUCAGCCUAACACUUUUAAAAGGCGUAAAAAAUAAGGAUUUAUAUUUUUAUAAAAUAUGGGCAGUAUUUUACGAUCAUGUUGCACUUAUCGUAAAGCUUUCCAUAUUACGAAUAUUUUAAACCACAUUAUAUCCACGAAUAUAUUUCAACACUCUGUAUUUAAUGUUAUCUACACUUCAUAAAUUAUCGAAAUUCAA